UUUAAAGGAUAACAUCUAGGGGAUAAAUCAAAGCAUACGACAGUUCGUGCAGAAGUGUAGGAACUGUCCUUAGAUAUGAUGACCAGACUUAUAUCACAAUUUCGACGAUCGUAUAAAUUGAUUAUUUUCUUAAUGUUGAUAUUGACUAUUAUAAAGUGUUUUGAUAUUUAUACUAUUAUAUUUGGGAAUAACAAAACGGACAACGAACAUUGGACACGAGUUCCAAAAUUUCGAGGGAGAAAUGAAGUUUCCUGUAAAAAACUAAUUGAAAGAGAUAGUACCGAGAUAAUACUCGCCUAUUCCCACAUGCACAAAUAUGGUUACCGGAUAUCACCUGACAAAUAUUUCACGUAUUUAUCAACGAAUUGUUCUCUUUUAAACGAUUUCAUGUUUAAUUACAAAUUCCCCAUUACAGAGGAAGAAUUAAAAUUUCCAAUAGCCUUCAUAAUAUUAAUGUAUAAAGAUGUUGAGCAAGUCGUUAGAUUAUUAAGAGCAAUAUACAGACCUCAAAAUCAUUAUUGUAUUCAUGUUGACCUAAGUGCACCGGAAGAAACUCAUUUAGCCGUCGAUUCCAUAGCUCGUUGCUAUAACAACAUUUUUGUGGUAUCCAAAAAGGUUGAUAUUAUAUAUGGACAUAUUAGCAGGCUGAAUGCAGAAAUUAAUUGUAUGUCUGAUUUUGUUAGAAGAAGCAACUCAUGGAAAUACGUGCUUAAUAUACCAAGUCAACAGUAUCCGUUGAAAACAAACGCUGAGAUUGUGAAAAUUCUUACAAAAUUUAAUGGCUCUAACAUUGUAGAAGGAAUCAUAAAUCAAAGCCGAACAAUCAAAGACAGGUACCAAAAUCGAUUCUUUGCAUUUAGAAAUGACUUGCAUCGCUAUGGUAAAAAGACUCCUUUCCAUAAUAAAAACAUUGCAAUUGUGAAAGGAUUAGCAAUUGGAGCUUUCAGUUAUAACUUUGUCAGAUUUGUACUGGAAAGUGAUGUUGCAAAAGAGCUAUUGAUUUGGAUGAAAGAUAUCUAUAGUCCAGAUGAAUAUUAUUGGGCAACAUUAAACUACAAUGCAGCAAUUCCUGCACCUGGCCGAUACAUUGGCUCUUGA